AUGACCUCCUACACCAAAAUCGGCGACGACGAGCGCCCUUCCAUCUCGAUCGACCCCAGUCUGACUAUUGCCAGGAUCGAAGACAAUGUCUACGGUGGCUUCACAGAGCACAUGGGCAGGUGCAUCUACGGUGGUCUCUACGACCCCGGCAACCCCCUCUCGGACGAGCACGGCUUCCGCAAGGAUGUCAUUGAGGCCAUGAGGGAGCUCCGCGUCCCGGUCGUUCGCUAUCCCGGCGGCAACUUCUGUGCGACGUAUCACUGGAUCGACGGUGUUGGUCCCCGGGAAAAUCGCCCUGGCAGGCCUGAACUUGCCUGGAUUGGCACGGAGUCGAAUGCCAUUGGCACAGAUGAAUUCCUCAAGUGGUGUGAAAUUGUUGGCACCGAGCCUUAUCUCUGCCUGAACUUUGGUACCGGUAAGUACUUUGGACGAAGGUUAGUCAAGUACUGGGCUCUCGGCAACGAGGUCUGGGGCCCGUGGCAGGUCGAGCAGAUGACCAAGGAGGACUACGCAAAGAAGGCCUACCAGUGGGCAAAGGCCCUCAAGCUGCUCGACCCCUCCAUCGAACUCGUCCUCUGCGGGGAGACGGGCCACAGCUCGUGGGACGCAUACGUGCUCAAGGAGUGCGUGCGGUUCGACCUGCACGGGCUGGGCGGGAGCACGACGGCGAGCCUGAUUGACAUGCACAGCAUCCACAUCUACACCGCUAGCUCCGAGCAUCUGAAGAAUGUCACAGCCCCGAGGUCCGCGGAACGAGCUAUCCAGAUCAGUGCCAGCCUGAUUGACCUGGCUCGUAUUGAGAACAACGUGCCGCCCACCGUUCGCAAGCAGAAGAUUUGCUUCGACGAGUGGAAUGUUUGGGAUCCGGUCCGUGCUCCGGGCGAGGAGGGAGCUGAAGAGAAGUAUAACCUCUCCGACGCCUUGGCCGUGGCCGUCUGGCUCAAUGUCUUCAUCCGCCAGGCCGAGUACGUGGGGAUGGCCAACAUUGCACAGUCUGUCAAUGUCAUCUCCCCCCUCAUGACCACGCCCGAAGGCCUGGUCAAGCAGACGACGUGGUGGCCGCUUCUCCUCUACAGCAAGUACAUGCGCGGCUCUUCUGUGGCGGUUGGCCUGCGCUCUGGCGAGUACACGGGCGACACGCACCCAGCCUGGCUCCGCAGCGCCGUCAACACGCCCUGGCUGGAUGUGAGCGCGGCGCUUAGUGACGAUGGGUGGAUCAGCCUGGCAGUGGUCAACAUCCAUGAGGAGAAGGAUUUUGAGACAGAGAUUCGCGGCGCCGUCUCGCAGGUCGAGGUGCAUAGCGUGAGCGGCAGCGCGCUAGAUGUUGUCAACACAGCCGAGAAGCAGGAGGUGGGCAUCACGGAGUCAGAGUGGGAUGGUGAAGGCGCCUUCACUUUCCCGAAGCGGUCUCUGACCAUCCUGCGAUGGAAGGCCCAGAACUAA